AAAAUAAUAAAAAAAGAAGUGCGACCAUUUCAAAGCGUUAGCGACCUUCUCGCAAACCCCAAACGCCAAUCAGUUGGUCCGGAGGGGGAGAGAGAGCGAGGACUAUGGCGAUGCUAUUGAGCAUUGUCGGUGCCCUACUCCUUAUGCUGGUUCUUGCCCUCAUCCUUUUUGUCAUCUUCGCCUGCAAGCCAUGGCGAUUCUUCUCCUCCUCCUCCUUCUCCUCCCGUUCCCGCACCAUCAAGGUUGCUGACCUAGAUAGGCCCCUUGUUUCGGAUGAUAUCCGAAAUGAAAUCAAUGAAUUGCCAAGAGAUUAUGAUCUAGAGGGGGCAUGUCCUCAGAAUGAAGGACAUUUCCACUCACCCUGGAAUUAUAGACUUAUUCACAAACAGAGGCUUCCUCCUGUAUCUCCUCAUAUAACUCAAGGUGAUAGCUUGGUUCUAGAAGUAAUAUCUGAUCCUACAGAAGAUGUUUUGGUUGGUCAGACGCUUAAGCGUCCUUUGGCAUCUGACCACUUAGUGGACGUUCUAAAACAUGGUAGACAGAGUUUAGAAGAUGAUAGAUUUCAAGAGUUUGUGCACAACGAUAUUCUAGAUCAAAGAAGCUGCCUCACCCUGGAGGUUAUAUCUGGUCCAUCUCGUGGGAUUCGUUGUUCUGUACAGUCAAUAAAUACCUCUAAGCUUCCGCUGACCCUUGGAAGAGUUUCUCCAAGUGAUUUACUAUUGAAGGAUUCAGAGGUGUCAGGGAAGCAUGCGAUGAUAAACUGGAAUUUGAAUAAGAUGAAGUGGGAGCUUGUAGAUAUGGGUAGCCUCAAUGGAACGCUUUUAAAUUCACGGUCGAUCAACCAUCCGGAUUCUGGAAGUAGACAUUGGGGUGACCCAAUUGAGCUUGCAAGUGGAGACAUAAUAACUCUCGGCACGACCUCACAGUUAUAUGUUCGCAUUAUGUCUCAAACUGAGUGUCAGAUUCCCUUUGGAGUUGGCGUGGCAUCAGAUCCAAUGUCUUUGCGUAGAGGAGGAAAGAAGCUUCCAAUGGAAGAUGUGUGCUACUAUCAAUGGCCUCUUCCUGGGAUGGACCAGUUUGGUUUGUUUGGCAUCUGUGAUGGACAUGGUGGAGCAGGGGCUGCCAAAUAUGCUAGCAAAAUUCUACCUGAGAUGGUUGCUGCCACUUUGUCGGAUUCUCUAAAAAGGGAGAGGGUUUUAUCACUAUGUGAUGCUUCAGAUGUUCUGAGGGAUGCAUUUUCCCAGACAGAAGCAUGCAUGAGUCAUUGUUAUGAGGGUUGUACUGCGACGGUGCUUCUGGUAUGGGCUGAUGGUGAUGAAAAUUUCUUUGUGCAAUGUGCAAAUGUUGGGGAUUCAGCUUGUGUUAUGAAUGUUGAUGGGAAACAGAUUAAGAUGACUGAAGACCAUAGGAUAACUAGUUAUUCUGAAAGACGCCGAAUUGAAGAAACAGGAGAACCACUGAAAGAUGGGGAAACUCGUCUCUGUGGUUUGAACCUUGCUCGGAUGCUUGGAGACAAAUUUCUUAAACAGCAGGAUUCCCGCUUCAGUUCAGAGCCUUAUAUAAGUCAAGUUGUGCAUAUUCAUCGAGCAAGUGGGGCGUUUGCACUAUUGGCAAGUGAUGGGUUCUGGGAUGUCAUUAGUGUGAAGAAGGCAACACAACUAGUCCUUCAGACAAGGGAGAGACACUCGACGGGCGCGGAUUCAGCAGAGAAUAUUGCUAAUUUUUUGUUGAGUGAGGCUAGAACACUGCGAACAAAGGAUAACACCUCUAUAAUUUUCUUAGAUUUUGAUACCACUAGUAUCUCAUGUAAAGUUGACUCUUGAUUUGAAUAAAAAAAAAGGUUUUAGCUAUACGAAUGAGUAUAUUUGCUUUCUGUUGUUAUUUGAAGUUGUUGUACCAUCACUUUUCUGCUUCUUCCAAGCGAUAUUGGUUCAAGAAGAGUAAGAAGCUGCUUCAAGAUGUAUGGUGCAGAUGGGCAUUUGGAAGAAAGUGUGAAUGGUUGGCUUCCAAGCAGGAUCCUUGUGUUGUAAAGAUAUUGGUGUCAUGAGUUAAGAAGAGGAAUCUCCGUCACAGGGACCAACAAGAUGUGUAUAGUGGGAGACCUUUUCCCCCAUGGACUCUGAUUUUACAAUUGCAAACUAGCGUGCAAGACGUUUUUCAAAGAUCUCCGACUCUGAGAGUCGCAAACAGACCAAGCAAGUCAGAUGGAGAGUAAUAUGGACGAAUGACCUUUUAGUCGGAAUAGCCAUUAGCCCUUGCCUUGUUCUAAUAGUUGAAACAAGAGUAUAUAUAUAUAUAAUAGUGAAACAUGAAUAUUUUAUGUUCACUUGAUAUGCCACUAGAAGGGAAACUUGUAAUAGAAGUUUGUGAAUGACAACAGAAGUGUACAUUAUAUUGCUAAAUGGGCCGCUUUUAAUCAUA